UAAGAAAAUGUAUGAAAGAACACUAACAAAGUGCCUGGUACUAUUAUUACUCAUCUAAGGUGGGUGGUGUUCCGCUUUUUAGUCCAUUGAGCAAUCCUUGUGCAAGGGGCGCAUUUACACUUUUACAGCAUUUGAUAGAUAGGCGCUUGCUCACCACAAAGAAAAAUGCGGAAGCUGUAACCGGAAGUACAUCUUUGGGUGAAAAGUUAGCUGGCUGGCUAGCCAGACAUAAAUCUCACAUUCCUUUGAAAAAUAGACAGGGAAAGCGUGAUGGCAACAUCCAUUUAGGGUACAUAUAGACCUAUCGUUGAAGAAUAAAUAGAAAGGGGCCGGUUGGGGACGAUAGACCGUGUCAUCGAAGUAGAGAGAGGCAAGGAAGUAACGGUAGCCUUCUACAACCUCCCUGGCUAGCUACCAACUGUAGGGGAAGCUGCUAGCCAGCAAAAGGAUAACGUUAGAUAGUAAAGAGACAACAUGGCUGACUCCAGCAGCAGUAAGCCCUUCAUGGUGACUUCCUCCAUCAACCUCAAAGUCACCACCCCCUCCUUCUACAACCAGCCAAAGAAGUUUGCCUCGGUCAACCCGCCACGCCCCAAAAGCCAGUCCGACCCGUCGCCUCCCCCAGGCUCAACUCCUCCCCCAGGUCCCUCUCCUCCCCCUAGUGUGGUCUCCUCAACACGCGGUGUCGGCACAGCUGUCAUUGGUCGAGUUGGAGUGAUGCCUCCACCCCCACCAUCGCUCUGCGAAGACUUCCCGCCACCUCCUCCUCCGUUGGACGAUGAGCUGCCAGCCCCUCCUCCCAAUUGUGCAACCACACCCCCAGCGUAUGAUGCCCCUCCCCCUGCCUUCCCUGCCCCUCCCCCUCCCGCUGUGGAUGACCUGCCCCUCCCCCCCGCCCCGCCUGAGGAGAAUUCUCUGGUCCUAGCAGUGUCCCCAGUGCUGGGGAGAACUCUCGGCUGUUGA